AUGCGAGCAAUCGUCGCGAUUUUCUUCCUCGCCACAUGUACUAAUGGCUUACGCGAAACAAAAAAUACAAAACUACUUCGCGAUGUUACAAAUUGUGUUAUACAGAAUGGCUUGUCAAAAUGUGUUGUCGCUUUCGGUGUAUGGAAGGCGGAAAGGGCUCUCGAACCGGAUCUAAAUGAGUUUAUUUGGAUUGAUUAUGUUAACCAUACUGAUGAGGAACUAUAUUCACGGUUGUGUGAUGGUACAGAGAGGCUGUUACGCUAUCGUCCAUUAACUAUGGAUCUUGGAGAUCGCUACACGCUGAAGAUGAAGUCUACGGGAAAUAACUCGCUUAAUUUCGACGUCAUAGAAAAUAAAGACGCAAACAACGGACGGACAAGCACAAAAAAGAUGACAAAGACGUUCUACCAAGCUUUGCCUUUCCUAAUUCUCCCCGGAAUAGUAAUGUCUGCAAUUCUACCAUUUUUCUUGCCUACACUUAAAAUGGCUACCAUGGCUACAGUAAUGCUUAAUAAUAUGGCGUUAGUCGGAGCUGUGCUCAUGCUUUUAAGAAAUAAUGCCUUUAACGACCGUAAUUAUCCGAAAAAGGUAAUUUAUCUAAAUGCUGGAUAUGGAUUCGGCUACGAUAGACCCAAAUAUGAUCCCUUGGCGAACGCACCAUCGGAAAAUGUAGAUGAGGUCGUUGCACCCAAUCACGUAACUGAAUACAGCACAGAGGUCACCCACGACACAAAGGACUACCACCUUGUAGGAGUGGAUCCCAGCACCGGUAUCUCAUAUCCAUUCAAUGCAGACUGGUUGAAAAACACACAAAAUAGCCCCUCAAAGGUAAAGAACGUCCAGAUAAUUGGUGAAGUACCGAGUAUAACUGAUUGGCUGAAGCCCAACUACAAAUGGCCACCUGCAAGCAACAGAUGA